AUGGCUUCAAUCACUAGAGCAGCUAAUUGGGACAACGUAUUUGAGCAGCAAUUUAUUGCAAUACCGCCUGCUGCCGAUGAAGUUGUGUUGUACCAGACAAGUCAUGAAGACUCCAACAUUGAAUCCAAUACAAUUGUCCCCAUCAAGUCAAUGGGUGGGUUUGACAACAUCCAAUGCUCUAGCUACUUAACUACCAGACCAGGAAUGAUUGGCGUCGGAUCCAUUAAUGGAAAUAUAUCGAUAUUUGAUAUCAAUACAUCGUCGCCGCCAGUGUUGCAUUUACAUCCAAAACAAACUAGACCUUGUAACACGAUUUCGUUCAACAAUUCGAAUUUGAUAGUAGCUGGAUUUGAUAAGGGGAGACAAGACAACUCAUUACAGAUUUGGGAUAUACAUGAUUAUUCAAAGACUGGCGGUGGUGCAGCCAAUGAGAAGACAUCACAUGGCUCGCUUCUGUCCUACAUCCCCAACGAGGCGGUAUUAUCAACCGUAUUCUUUUCUGAAACCAACGUUCUUUGUGGCUCCUAUAAGUUCUUGAGAGAAGUUGAUACUAGAGCGGACCAGCCUAUUUAUCAAAUUGCCACAAAAUGUACUUCGGGGUUGAUGGUGGACCCAUUCCAACCGCAUUUAUUCCAAUCGUACAGCGAAGACGGGACCUUGUUUAUCUGGGACAGAAGAAAACUUACAAGCAACAACCGAAAAUCAAAAUCAUCCAGCAAUGUGCUCGUUGAGAACCCAAUACUACAAUUCAACAAGCUAUUGAGUGGGCCGUCAUUUAGAAAGAAUCUCCGUCCUUGUGUGAGAUAUUCAGCGGUUCGCAAAGGAGAGUUCUCAGCAAUAUUCAAUGGUGAUCUCAUACGAAGAUGGCAUACAGGUGUUGUUCCCCCCAAAAAAGUGAUCCCAAGUAAAUCAGUCGAAUCUGCAACCUUACAGAGUCUCGUCCAACAAUCCUCUGUGUUGUACAAAUCUAAUGAAGAAUCGUUGUUUGUGUCCAUGGUUCUUGACAACAAAACAGACUAUGAAAAGGUUGUGUCUUUUGACUACUCUCCAGAUAUUUUGUCCCGCACUUCGACAAACUUUGUAUGCAUGAGACAAUCAGGUUCCGUAUUCAGAAUGCCGGUUGUUGAGUCAAUUGAGGCGUUCGAUUUUAAUCCCUACAAUGAGUUUUCAAUAGCUGGUCCUGAAGGGACAACAACCAAUUUCCUCACACCCGAAGAUGCUUUUUUAAAUAUCGAUAACGAUGAUGGCGGACGAAGACGAACUCAUCAUCACUCAAAGCUUGCAGAUUUGUCGAUUGACGAGAAUUUCAGAGAUGACACCUCCUCUAUAACAAACGAAGAUGCCAGCGUCGAGGAUCAAGCCAUGUUGUCAAGUGAAAAGCGCUUUUCAAACGAUGAACCCAAAUCUGAGCGUGAUUUUGAUACUUAUUUGGAUACCAACUCGAUAAACUUGAAUGACAUUUGCGUUGUGAUUAGAAAGCGGGCUAACAUGGGCUACGGGGUUCUCCCUGAUACGAACAUAAAGAUAUUAGAGGCUUUGGAUCCCAAUGACAAUCAACUAGCUCUAAGACAUGUUUGGAAGUGGCUUAGUUUGGCGAAAAAAUCGUUGGAUAAGGGAACAAUGAUCUCAGAAGGUAUCGACUUAGGGUACCAAGGUGUUCAAGGUAUUUGGAACGGGGUUGACGCCUUGAAUGAUCAAAACCGGGUUAUCUCAGCCAGAGAUGAAAUAACCGAAGCGUGGUUCUCACAAGCUGUAAAGUCAAUUAUUUCUUCCAAGGGCAAAAAGUUUGUUGGAAUCAAUAUACCUGAGGACAGUGAGAAAAAAGUACAGCGAAAAUUGUGUUUGAUUGUUUCUGGUUGGUAUCUAACGGGGAGCGAAUUUGACGAGAAGUUGCUGCAAUUGGUUGCAAUGGGCAUGGUGUCAAAGGCUGCUGGAUGGGCAGUUUUCCAUGGUAACGUGAACAAGGCAAUUGAAAUCUUAAGCAAUUCCAAACGGGAGAGAUUGCGGUUAAUGGCCACAGCCAUUGCUGGCUACUUGGCAUACAAGAAUACACACACAAACAGUCCGUGGAAGGACCAAUGCCGUAAAAUGGCAUCAGAGUUGGAUGACCCGUACUUGAGAGCAAUUUUCGCAUUCAUUGCCGAUGAUGACUGGUGGGAUGUCUUGGACGAACAUUCUCUUCCCUUGAGAGAGCGUAUUGGAGUUGCAGUUCGAUUUCUACCAGAUAGAGACUUGACUGUUUAUUUGAAUAGAAUUGGUGAUUCAGUUGUUCAAAGGGGAGAGCUUGAGGGAUUGAUCUUGACGGGAAUCACACCAAGGGGAAUAGAUUUAUUGCAAAGUUUUGUUGACAGAACCAGUGACGUUCAAACUGCAGCAUUGCUUUCAGCGUUUGCGUGUCCAAGAUAUUUCGCGGAUGUUAGAGUCAGACAUUGGAUCGAUUGUUACAGGAACCUUUUGAACAGCUGGGGCAUGUUCAACGUCAGGGCGAAACUAGAUGUGUCUCGGACAAAGUUGUCAAAGGCAUUUGAUGGGGAAAAGAGAAUCAAGGCAUCACCUAAGCAGGUGUAUCUUCAAUGCAGUCGUUGCAAUAAGAAUAUGUCCAAAGCACAUUACAAUGCGAACAGCCAAAACUUGAUGAAGCAGUUUUCCAAGUCAGGGAUGAAAAAGAAUAGUUUGUUGAAUUCGUGUCCUCAUUGUGGUGCACCUCUACCUAGAUGCUCGAUAUGUAUGUUGUCGCUUGGGACAGAAGCUCCAUCAGAUAAUGAAACAUUGGGCUCAAGAAAUGAAGAGAUUGACAAUAAAUUCAGGAACUGGUUCAGCUUUUGUUUGAGUUGCAACCACUGCUACCAUGCCCAUCAUGCUGAAGAAUGGUUUUCCACCCAUGGUAUCUGUCCAGUGCCUGAUUGUGAUUGUCAGUGUAACAGUAAGUAA